CGCAGGCGCCGCCUAGAAGUGACUUCUCCAAAAAGUGUCUUAGUUCCUAGUCACCUGAGCUCCCGGCGACGCGGCCGCGGUGGCUUGGAGGAUACGCGCCCUCCGCGGGUCGUGUCUGGCGACCCUGCCCACCUCCCCCCGGCCCUUCGCUGCGCUACCCCGACCCGCCAGGGGCCUGUCCCUUUCCUCCCGUCCUUUCCCUGUCUCGGGCCGGACCGGGCCACGCCGGGCCGCCAGGGCGCGGUCCCUGACCAUGGCGUCCCUCUUCAAGAAGAAAACCGUAGACGAUGUCAUAAAGGAACAGAAUCGAGAGUUACGAGGUACACAGAGGGCUAUAAUCAGAGAUCGAGCAGCUUUAGAGAAACAAGAGAAACAGCUGGAAUUAGAAAUUAAGAAAAUGGCCAAGAUUGGUAAUAAAGAAGCUUGUCGAGUUUUAGCCAAACAGCUUGUACAUCUACGAAAACAGAAAACAAGAACUUUUGCCGUAAGUUCAAAAGUUACUUCUAUGUCCACACAAACAAAAGUGAUGAAUUCCCAGAUGAAGAUGGCUGGAGCAAUGUCUACCACAGCAAAAACAAUGCAGGCAGUUAACAAGAAGAUGGAUCCACAAAAGACAUUACAAACAAUGCAGAAUUUCCAGAAGGAAAACAUGAAAAUGGAGAUGACUGAAGAAAUGAUCAAUGAUACACUCGAUGACAUCUUUGAGGGUUCUGAUGAUGAAGAAGAAAGCCAGGAUAUUGUGAAUCAAGUCCUUGAUGAAAUUGGAAUUGAAAUCUCUGGAAAGAUGGCCAAAGCUCCAUCAGCUGCCCGAAGCUUACCGUCUGCCUCUACUUCAAAGGCUACAAUCUCUGAUGAAGAGAUUGAACGGCAACUCAAAGCUUUAGGAGUAGAUUAGUCAAAAAAAAGUCAUAAUAUUUUUGCUUAUGUAAUAUAAACCAGGCACAGUGCAGAUUCCUUUUACAAAACACAUUUAUUUUGCAAAAAUAAAGAACAUGAUUGAACAGUUGUUUCGUAACCCGUGGCUAUUUUGAAUCUUUUGCCAAAGAAUGACAAUGAUGCAAAAAUGGGAACAGUUUGGAUUUUAAUUAGAACUAUUUAGGGGUGAUGAUGUGUAAAAAGUUGACUUUUCCUGCAUGGCAGAGAGAAAUUAUAUUCAUUACUUAGUGUCAGUUUAUGUUCUAAAUCUUUUUACACUGAAUGUAAAAAUCUUGUUAAAUGCCACUAGGCAUCAACUUAAAGAGACUUGUAAAAAUAUUAAAAGUAUAUCAUUAAUUCUGUAUCUGUUGCUUGUCUUUCGUAAGCGAUUAUGUGUUAUGACCAUAGGCAGUUCAGCUGCCAAAUUAUUUUUAAAUGAGCUAAAAGAAGAGUGCUAUUUAUACAUCUGUCUUAAGCAAAAACUGUCAUGGUUUUUUUUUUUUUUUUCCUUUGGGAGAACAUUCUAGUUGCUAAGUUUAUUACCUUUCCAAAUGUGCUUGGCACCUGCCUUAAAUAGCACAGACAUUUUGUACACAUCGUUAAAUUAUUUUGACUGGCAAAAAAGAAUUACAUCUUAAACUAAAAUUGAGGCCUUGUACAAAGAUUUUCUAGACUCUCUUUAAUAAAGCUUAUAAAAGCGAAUUGAAUAUAAUUAGCAAAAAAAGACACUGAAUUAAUAACAUUUUACAGUAAUAAAACAAUAUAUUUUGGCCUUCUAAAAACUGAGGAAAUUUUGUCCAUAUGAAUUAUAAUUUAAUCUCUGUUUAAUUUUGAACUGUAUUAAUAUGUAUAUUGACUUCUCUAAAUUGAAGCCAUUAUUCUCAAUUAAGUACUACUGCAAUGACAAUACUCAAACUAAGUUUUUAACAUAAAAGUUAACUUUUUUUGGUAAAACUACAAUUUUGUUAGAAAUUACUGCCUAAAUGUAUAUUAAUGUAUUAGCAGUAUUUUUUAAGGUAAAGUUGCUGUGGUAUUUAAUGUAUGUAUAGAGCGUGAGAGAAAAUGAAGGAGUGCCAAAUAAGUUAGAAUUUAGGAUUAGGUUAGUUUUGAAAAAUGAUGUAAUAUAUGGAUUUUAGCACAUCCCAUCAUAAAAACUGAAGGAGAUCAGGUAUGUAUAACCUGUUUAAUUUGGGAUAAUGGAUAUUUUGGACUAAUGUUGACAAAGUAAAAUACAUCUUAGGACUAGUACACCUGUGACAUACGGAUUGGUGGGAGGAAUGAAAAACUAAACUGUAUAGUUUACACUCUGUAAGCCAUUUUAUAAUGUUCAAAGAUUAGGUUUCAUUAUCGAUAGUAUUAAAGACACAAUUUUUCUGAACAGUGAUGGGUCAAAACAUUUUAUUGAAUUAUUGAAUGUUUACCCAGAACAUGUUUUGAUUCUUGGAUGUACAUAAUAAUGACAUCUAACUUAUUUACUUUCUUGUUUACAUGUGGGGGCUUUUGUUUUUCAAAAUUAUUUUGUUAAAAAAAUUCCAAUAAAGAUUUAUUGCUGUUAUCCCUUA